AUGACGUCAUUCAACCCCAAUUUCCAGAUGCGCGGCGACAGUUUAUUCGGCCAACGUGAUCGCCAGAAAAGGAUGUUUUCGGCGAACUGGCCCGAAAAACAGUUGGGACUUGGGAGACAGCCAGACGGCGCGAGCAAAGCCGACGCUACCUUAAAAAGACGCCAAACGCGGUUUGUGGCAUGGUGUUUUCUUCUGUUCUUUCCUUUCCACUUCUUGUGGACGUUCUUUUUAUUUUUAUUUUGUAAACUUUACUCACCUUCCGAAUUCCAGAAAAUGAUUUCUACCAGUCUCCUUCUCCUGGUGCUUCUCCUCGCUCUCAUCAUGAUCGCCGAAGCUCAAUGGGGAUGUGAGUUUCUUUCGACUUUUUUCUUUCAUAAACUGUUCGCAUUUCCAGAUCCCUACGGCGGAUACGGUGGAUACGGUGGCUACUACCGUCGUCCGUGGUGGCGCCGACGCAUGUACGGUUAUGGCUAUGGUGGAUAUGGCGGCUACGGCGGCUGGGGCUACGGAAAGUAA